AUGAAAGCGACACCUCAGCUGCGGAGCGCGCUUGGCCUUGCUAGCUCGACGCUACGUACACACGCAGGUACAUCGUAUGCGCUCGCUCGACCCCUCACCCCGGCGUUGCCGCCUCUGUUCUUCCACCGUCCACCUCUUGCUCUCCCCACGCCACUUGGGCGAUGCACACCCAUACGCGGCUUCCGCACCACCGCGCGCGCACAGCAGCAGUACGAGGCGCCGGACGCCCCCGAGGGCUACUCGCAAUCGCAGUCGGCCAAGUCGCACCGCAAAUGGUACCGCUCACCGACGACACUCGUGCUCGGCUUCAUCCCCAUCUUCACGGCGGCCUUGGGCUACUGGCAGCUGAAGCGGCUCAAGUGGAAAGUGAGCCUGAUCGAGGAGCUGGAGGAUAAGCUGUCGAAGGCACCGCUGCGACUGCCGCGCAACAUCAACAUCGACGUGCUGCCCGAGUUCGAUUUCCGGCUCGUGCAGGUGCGCGGGAGUUUUGAUCAUGCACGCACCAUGUUCGUCGGCCCGCGUGUGCGCGAUGGCACCAUGGGCUACCACGUCGUCGUACCUUUCCGACGCGCCGAGGGCGGCGGCAUGAUCCUCGUCAACCGCGGAUUUGUCGCAGAGAAACAGAUCCAGGGCACAGGAGCACAGCGCAGGCUCAAGGACGAAGCGAUGCUGGCGGGGGAGGAGGAAUUCGUGGCGUUGCUGCCCAGGAUCUAUCCCGCCAACUUGUUCACGCCGGACAAUGUGCCGGACAAGGGAAGCUGGUUCCACGUGGACGCCAAGCAGAUGGCACAGUGGGCGUCGGACCUUAAGGGUGUCAAGCCGCUCGAGCUGGAUGGAGAGGACAGCUACACGCCCAGUGCAGGUGUGGCCGAGAGCGUCAAGAACAUGCUUGGCGCGGAAUCGGACCGUGUGCUUCCCGUUUACCUCGAACAGGUGUUUGAUGGCAAUGUGGGCGAGGCUGCCACACGCAUCGCACAGGGCAUCCCCGUCGGCCGCGCAGCCACGAUCGAGUUGCGCAACCAACACGCGGUCUACGCCGCCACUUGGUUCUCGCUGAGCGCAUGUACCGCGCUGAUGUUCGGGCUGCUCGUGCGCCGCGGUCGAGGCUGA